AUGGAGUUAGCGUACGAUAUACCUUCAUCAUGCUCAAGAGUCGUGACCAAUAGGUGCGACCUCAAGGUUGCCGAUCAUGUAUUGGAGAAGCUAAAUGAUAAGGAGGGAGAUGAAGAUUUGAUAUACAAAUUGGGGCUUCUCACGGUCCUGGAGCAUGUGGUUUUGUCUAACGAGUGCCGGACUCUUGUGGAUAAAAAAUGGUUUCAUCUCGUUGAAAAUUUGGAGGAGUUCAAUGGCUAUCCUUGGGGGAACUUGUCAUACGAGUACACCGUAAAGUUGUUCAAGCGGAAAAGGUUUGAUAAUAUAAAAAAUACAGAGAUGAAGUAUUCUUUGCAUGGAUUUCCCCUAGCUAUCAUGGUUUGGGCAUUUGAGGCACUGCCUGAGCUUGGAAGAAAAUUUGCUGAAACUUGUGGUGGCGGUGGCAGACUUCCGAGAAUUUUGUCUUGGAAAAUGACAAAACAGUGGCGAAGCGAGCAACUUAGUACGUUUUUCAACACGUCGGAGGUUGAAGUUCGACGAACAUUACAACCUUCAAGGGAUGAAGUUCAAACUUCAUACUUGAAGGAAUUCCGUAUUGUCCCUGAAGAUGAGGAAGAAGAAGAAGAAGAAGAAAAUGAGGAUGAGGAUGACGAGGAAGAGGGGGAAGAGGAAGAAGAAAAAAAUGAUGCAUCUGAGUUUGAUCCACCACAACCGCAAGUUUUUGGUGCUGAAAAGAUUUCAGCUAUAGUCAGGGAAGUUGUGAAGGAUGAGAUGAGAUUAUUUUCUGAGCGAAUGGAUAUGAAGAUGGACAAGUUUUUUGAGCGAAUAAAAGAUUUAGUUUUUCAAUCAAAAGAUAGUCCAUCUACCCGUGCUACUUAUGACGGGACAAAUGUUGAUACAGAGACCGCUGGAACAGUAGAUGGUGUUGAAGACACGAUCAAUUCACCAUCUCCCAUGCCCGAGAAAGAAAAGGUGGGAGUUCAUGAUGACGUGGGCUUGGAGAUGAGGGCAAAAGAUAAAGUUGUCUUGGUCGAAGACAAAUUUUCUGAGGAGGCUGUCUCACCAAAGAAGAAUGAACAUGGAUUCGAUACCGGUAUUGUGACCGACCCGUCAUCAAAGAUAUUCCAAAAACUACCUAUGGAGAUCGAGGAAAUCGAUGAAGAUGAUGCACCUGAGUCUCUUAAGGGAAGAGGCCACCGAAAGAAAAGAAAGGCCGCCGUCCUACUUACUCCGUGGAGGAAUCCCGAAAAAAGACAAAAAAUUCCAAAUGUCACAGAGUACGACCCUCAUGACAACGCGUCAAAAGUUGAAAGCUUUGAUAGGACAAAUUUUCCAAAGGCAUUAGUUAAGUACGCCGAAGGGAAAGUACCCCCUCAUGCAAAGGCGUGGACUAGUUGUACCAAAUUGUUUGUUGCCUUUUGCACUGAGAAUAAUGAACAUUGGGUAGCACUCGAUAUUGAUCUCUUCAAAAGAUGCAUUGACGCAUAUGAUAGUUUACCGAGUGUCAUGCGGAAGCGACAAUUUGAAACGGAAUUGGAGCCCAUUCGAGUUGUCGUACCUAUGCUAAUGAGGAUGUUGAAUGCUACCUAUAGUUCAGAAAAAUUUGAUUUGAAACGAUUACCAUGUCCUAGCCAAGCAAAUGGGUUUGACUGUGGGAUGUUUACAAUCAAAUUCAUCGAGUAUUUGCAUGCUGGGAAGGAUGUUAAAGGCGUAGAGCAAAAAAUGAUUCUCUCUUGGCAUAUCAAACUAGCAGCUGAAAUUUUUGCACAACAUUUUGAUCCUUAG